CAUAUGAAACACACGCAGUUUGGCUAGGGUUUUAAGAUUUUGGAAAAGUACCAAAACGAAACCCGUUAAUCAAUCGGCGAAGGAAAUGGCAAUGAUAUGCAACACUGUGGUUCGACGGAUUGCUGCGUCCGUAGAUCAACGGGUGGCGCUCUCCUCUCUCGCGUCGUCGAUAUCUUCCUCAGCGCCGAUCCUGUGCGGUCGUGGAGACAAAAGGACUAAGAAAGGGAAGAGAUUUAAAGGUUCGUAUGGGAACUGUAGACCGAAGAAGGAGAAGAAAAUUGAGAGAAUAAAGGAUAAGAUCGAGGUUCCCAGGUCCACUCCUUGGCCUCUGCCGUUCAAGCUCAUCUGAAAUUUAGAUAUAUUUUUGUUUUCUAUAGCUGCUAGAGAUGAUGCUUUUUCGAAGCAAUCGCUAUGAAUUUAUUGGCGGACUGGCACUUGCUUGUGGUUUAUUGUUGCAACCAAUUUAUGCUUCAUUUAGAUAAUUCAUCGAACCAAAUGGAGCCAAAACUCUUGAAUAGCUAAUGUUUCUAUUGUUGUUUA